GAAAAACAAGUCGGGAUUUUGACAUUUCGAAGUCGGUUGCGCACCCCCCCGGCUCUUUCCUGUUAAAACUGAACGUAAAUUUUCUCGAAUUUUCCUUCACUUUCUCUGCAACUUCCCGGGAAAAUUUUCAAAUCAGAUGUCGAUUAAGGAAGGUCAGGAAUUCUAUCGUAGUCUUUCAAGGAAAGAGCUUCAAAGUUUGUGCAAGAAAUAUGGGUUGCCUGCUAGGAAGUCAAGUUCUGAAAUGGCUGAAUCAUUGUUCUCUUUCUUUCAGAAGAAUGAUUUAAGUUUGGCAUCCUUAGGCAAGAGCAGAGGUGGGAUCCAAGAGGUUUUACUUUCUCCAUCUUCAGUAACAAACUGGCAGACUGAAGCACCUUUCAGUUUGACAGGAAAUGUAAUAAAAGAUAGUUUUCGACAGAGAUCUUGUCCUAGAGAAGAAGGUAAUAAAGGAAAUAGAAACACUAAAUGCAAUGAAAUGGAAAGCUGCGUGGGACUCGGAGUUUAUGACAAGGAAGCCAUUGGUGGCUCAAUUGAUCAUUUUCAGGGUUCAUCCCUGUCUCAAACCGUUUUACAGAGUGCUGGUGGUGGUGUCAUCCAUAAGGAACCCCCAUCAAGCCUCAGUGGCAGGUUGGAAGAUACUCCCCAGUUUCAUUGUGGACACAUAAAUGUAGGUGUCUGUCCUAUAAAGAAUGUCUCUCCUGCAAGAACUUAUAGAAAAGUUUCUCCGUCUUUUGAGUUUUAUGUCAGUUCAGAGGAGGGAAUCAAACUGUGUGUUGAUUUGAAUUCAAGCCCCUUGGACUGGAUUAAGGAUUACAAAAAUCAGGUUUCUUUAUGCAAGAAUGCAGGCGGUGCUACAUCUCGAAGUCUUCAUCAAGAGCUUGGGUGCAUUGGAGAAAGUGAUAAUACACAAAUAAAAGGUUCCUUUCCUCACAGUGUCAAUCCUGGCGAAAUCGAGGAUGGCCGUGUACAAGUUGAAACUUUUCCGAGUUUGGUUAUGGAAAAUAAUAUAGAGAUUGAUCAUCCAGAUGGAGGUAAUCAAUCAUCAAUGAUCUUACCGACAAGACCUUGUAGUGUGGAGGGAUUGGAAUGCUUAGGGGAAGAGCAGGGACCUAUCUCAUCUAAAACUAGUUCUGGUGUGCAGAACCAGAUAAUUUCCAAUGCAGAGUUCUGCGCAAAGAAUGGCUGUAGUGCUAUUCUUGAUUCAGAUAUUAUUAAUGUUCCAACAGAAAAGACAGCCUGUAAUUUUGCUGUCAACUCCAUAUCCGAUGGCUCAGUAGAUCUUAUUGCAAUUGAGCAUCAGAAUUCAAAGCAUGAUGAUGAAAUUUGUGAGACUUUGACCCGGCAGAACAAUAGUGAUAUAGAGAAUAAUUGUAUUGUGUUUCCUGGAUGCUUGGCCAGUUGUUCUGCAGAAAUGCAAUUGUCAGAAGCUGGAAACUACCACAAGGACACGUCAAGUUCACCUAAUAAAAAUGGUGAAUUCUUGCGUCUGGAUGAUUCAAGGGACAAUGCAGUAAAUGAGCAAGCUGCAUUGGCCACAUCAAGUGAGAAUGACCAUUGUGGGAACCAUUUGCCUACAUGCUCUGAAGAGCAGGAAUGGAACAAUAUUGUCAAUGUGAUGGAGAGUUCAAUAUGCUCACAAGUUGAUAACUCAAUUGAGAAAACUUGUUUCAAGUCUAAUAAUCAGGAAUCAAAUGAAGAAUUUUGCCGAAAGAGGCCAUUUAUAGGCAGUGAAUGCCAAAAUUGCUGCAGUAAGCAUGAUGCAAAAAUUUUAAGAAGCAUGAAGUAUUCAACUGGAGAAGCUCUUCCCAGAAGAUCCAUGCGGCUUGUCUCUAAGGGAUCUACUGAUAGUGACUGACUGGUAAGAUUCGCAAGAGUCCAGCAAUGGUGUUGGGAGAAGAUCUAGUUGCAAACAGUGGCUAGAGGAGGCGCCACGCACUGACACGUGGAGGAGGGGCGUAAUCCUUUUACUGGCAUCUGUGCUUUGCACCAUGCCAUUUCUAACGGCGAUCUCCGAGAAGCUAACUUGCCAGCAGCUAGUGCUUCUUUGGGAAUUGGGAUGAGACUUAAAGAUCAACAUAAAAGGGGGUAAGGCUUUUGAAAUAUAUAUGGGUCUAUGUUUUCAAACCUGACAAAAAAAAAAAGAGUAGAAAUCAAAUGAGGGACUUUAAACCCUCGGCCAAAAUGAAGUAGAAGAAUAAGAGAGUUGGGUUUCAACCCUUGGCUCUCAAAUCAUGAAGAAGGAGAAGAAAAAAAUAAUGAAUAUUUUGGGACUAAAACCCACAACUUUGGGACUCAAAUCCAGAAGAAGGAAAAUAGAUUUUGGGACUCGAAUCCGUAACUUUCUGCAGAAGGAGAAGAAUAAGAAAUGAGAAACCCAUAAUUUUCUGAAGGCUCUGAUGCGAUGUAAAGUUUUUAGAAAGAAAGAAGAGAUUGGAGGAAAAUAACAACAGAAUGAUUUAUGUGGUUCUACUACAGAGAGCCUACAUCAGCAGACACAAAACCACAAAAGGACUACAUUUUAUUCAUUUUUGUGUUGUUAAUAUAAUACAUAAGCCUCCAUAUAUAUAAUGGAAGAUGCAUGAUAUAUAUGGUAUGCUAUAAAUAAUAAAUCAAUCCUUAUUUUUGCUAA